GACCGAGAGCUUUAGCUGAGAUCAGUUUGUAGCAGGUAGAAACAGUGCGGACCUUUAAGAAAGAGAGUCAUUUCGGAGGUCAGCUUGUAUUUUGCGAAAAAGAAGAGCUCUGUGCGGGGAAACAAUGCAGAAUAACGCGAGCUGUGUUAAGUGAAAAGAUUUUAAGUUACUUUGCUGUACUUUUAUAGAAUUUACCAGUUAUUUGCCAUUAGAAUAUUUCUAAAUAUUGAAAGUGAGCUUGAUACAAGUUGUUCGUAGCGAAUGAAAGGCAGUCAAAGGCUGGAGUUUGGGUAGUCAGUGGAAAGUUCACAGUGGAAAGUUUUUUUUUUUUAAGUUUCAAGGCGUCGGCAUGGCUUUUGCUAAAUUCAGCAAAAUACUAAGACUGACUAAUAACGAUAAAAAGAAAGCAAAGCAAUAUGAACACGUUCGCCGGGACACAAAUCCUAAUGACAUUUGGGAAAUUGUGGGGGAACUCGGCGAUGGAGCUUUCGGGAAAGUUUACAAGGCCAAGAACAAGGAGACGGGGGUGCUGGCCGCCGCCAAAGUGAUCGAUACCAAUAACGAGGAUGAACUGGAGGACUACAUGGUAGAAAUCGACAUCCUGGCGUCCUGCAAUCACCAUUACAUCGUCAAGCUGCUGGACGCUUUCUACCACGAUAACAAGCUAUGGAUCAUGAUAGAGUUCUGUCCCGGGGGAGCUGCGGAUGCCAUCAUGUUAGAGCUGGACCGGGGCCUAACGGAGCCUCAGAUCCGGGUGAUCUGCUGGCAGAUGCUGGAGGCCCUGGACUAUCUGCACGGCAUGAAGAUCAUCCACCGGGACCUGAAGGCUGGCAACAUCCUGCUCACCCUGGAGGGGGACAUCAAACUCGCGGAUUUCGGAGUGUCAGCGAAAAACGCCAAAACCUUGCAAAGAAGAGAUUCCUUCAUCGGAACGCCAUACUGGAUGGCACCUGAGGUGGUGAUGUGUGAGACGAUGAAGGAUUCCCCGUACGACUACAAGGCGGACAUCUGGUCGCUGGGCAUCACGCUGAUCGAGCUGGCGCAGAUUGAGCCGCCCCACCAUGAGCUGAACCCCAUGAGGGUCCUGCUGAAGAUCGCCAAGUCCGAGCCACCCACACUGGAGCAGCCGGCCAAAUGGUCACAGGAAUUCAAGGAUUUCCUGAGAAAGUCUUUGGAAAAGAGCCCAGAGAGUCGGCCCACUGCAGCCCAACUGCUUCAGCACCCCUUCGUGUCCACGGUGAAGACCAACCGGCCGUUGCGUGAGCUGGUGGCCGAAGCGAAGGCAGAAGUCAUGGAGGAAAUCGAAGACAACAGGGAGGAAGCUGAGGAUGACGACACCCCUGCUCCUUGCAAAGAUCCUUCGGAAACCAGUCAAACCAGUCUGGAGGGUGACCGCACCGCCGGCGUGCCCGUCAAACUGCCCAAGGACGGGCCGAAGGCUCCACACCUGGGCGACCUGCCUAACAAGCUCGACAAUAGCCUCCCUGAUGAUGAGAUCGGGAGUGGAGACCCCGACAAACCCGAGAGUGACUCCUCGGAGAAGACCACCAACUCCGACUCGGGGAUCGAGGACGGAAAGAGCACCCCAACAUCUGAGGAGGGCAAAUUGCUGGUACUGCCCGAAGCGGAGCUACCGUCCUCACCAUCGCCCUCCACAGGAGGCAAGGAAGAGUUGCAGGAUACACAGCACCCUUUUGACGAGCCUCAGGCCUACGAGCUACAGCCUCAUCCCGAGCAGGUCCGGAACUCUGGGGGCGGCGGGAUCCUGGAGUACUUGGAUAACAGGCGCAUGCAAGCCAGCAGCCGGAACGGCAAGCGCUACUCGGACACGGGCAGCCUGUCUGAGAAUAUGGACAUGAACCUCAACCUCUCGGGGGACAUUUGCGUUAACAAGGAGAGCGGCUCCAUAUCUGUCAAGAACGGAUUCUCCAGCAAGACUCUGAAACGCACCAGGAAGUAUAUGAUCGACGGCGUGGAGGUCAGCGUGACCACAUCUAAGAUCAUCGGCGACGACGAAAAGAAAGACGAAGAGAUGCGAUUUCUCAGGCGUCAGGAACUGAGAGAGCUCCGUCUCCUACAGAAGGAGGAGCACCGUGCUCAGACCCAACUGAGUGCCAAGCUGCACACGCAGCGAGAUCAGCUGCAGCGUCGCCUCGACCAGGAGAUGCAUGCCAGGAAGAAGUACUAUGACACGGAGCUGGAAAACCUAGAGAGACACCAGAAGCAGACCAUCGAGAAGAUGGAGACGGACCACACAGUGCGCCUGCGGGACGAGACCAAGCGCAUCCGGGGCGAGCAGGACAAGGAGCUGAGCAAGUUCCAUGAGCAACUCAAGCAGAAGAAGAAGGAGGUCAAGCAUGAGGUGGAAAAGCUGCCGCGAAACCAGCGAAAGGAUAGCAUGAAGCAGCGCAUGGCCGAUUUCCAACACUUGAAGGAGACGGAGGAGGAGAAGUUCCUUGCUGGCCAGAAGAACUUCCUGGACACCAUGCUGAAGAGGAUCAUCGUCCAAAACAAGCAGGAGACCUGCGAGACGGAGCGGCAGUGUCUGGACAAGAAGCAAAAUCUCCUCCGAGAUAAGGAAGGAAUCCUCUGGGAAAUGGAGGAACAGAACAUGCAAGAGACAUACCAGCUGAUUAAGCAGCAGCUUAAGGAUCAGUACUUCCUUCAAAGGCACCAGUUACUCAAGAAGCAUGAGAAGGAGCUGGAGCAGAUGCAGUGCUACAACCAUCGCAUGGUGGAGCGUCUGAAAGCCCGACAGCAGCAGGAAAAAGCCCGUCUGCCCAAGAUCCAGAGGAGCGAGGGCAAGACUCGCAUGACCAUGUACAAGAAGAGCCUGCGCAUCGCCCACAGCGGCAACGCCGCCGAGGACCGUGAGAAGAUCAAGCAGUUUUCCCAGCAGGAGGAUAAGCGGCAGAAAGCGGAGAAGCUCCACCAACAGCAGAAGCAUGAGAGCCAGAUGCGCGACAUGUUGGAAGAGUGUGACGGCAACGUGAGGGAGCUACAGCAGCUUCAGAAUGAGAAGUGUCACCUGCUGGUGGAGAACGAGACGAUGAAGCUGAAGGCCUUCGAGGACGAACAUAACCAGCAGCUGAGGGAAUGGAAGGAGCAUCUCAAGUUCAGGAAGAAGGAGCUGGAGGAGGAGCUGAACAAGAGGAAGAGAGAACAGGAACUCUUUUUUAAGACGAGCAUGGACUCUGAAUGCGAGAAUCCCAGCUUGCCCACCAAAGUCGCCAAGUUCCUGCCGUACUCGGAGUGCUCCAACACGUAACAGGCCUGCAGCGGAGGGCGUCACCCCCAGGACCGCCGUUCGAUACAAGGCACAAACAGCCAAGCCUUCGUUGGCCAAACGACUAUUCCCUUUUAAGGAGUUUUUAAUAUUUAUAUUUAUAUAUGUCUGUAUGUUAAGUUUAUUUUAAUUUGCUUUAACGAGUGAUUCUCGGUAUCAUUCAUCCGGAAAAUAUCGGGUCAUCGAAGUUUUAGGUUUACUUUACGGUGCAUGAACUCUUUCGACGCUGUUUAGGAGGAAGCUUAUUUUACGUUUUUAAAUUUUCUUUUUUAAUUCAGAAAACUCUUAUUCUGUUCAUCCUUUUUGACCUUGAGUCUUGAAACCGGUGUGAUAAUUUCCAUGAUGAGAGGAUCAUAUUUAUGAUUUACGUAUUGUUAUAUUUUGAUUUCUUCUUGCGUAACAGCCCACCCUGUCAGACCAGCUCACAGAGGAACCUACAGGAUGUGACCAGAAGUAGGGCAUGUGGUACUGGGACCAAAAUGGGGAAUAUGUACCUCAAGAAUGUUUUGUGGGCGAUUUCUGGAUGCCUUUAUAGGAGCCCUCUUGCAAGAUUACCCCAUUUGCCUUUUUAUUUCUAAAAAACUUGGUGUUUCUCCACUGAGUGCAUCACUGUAAAUCUUCCUAUUAUGUGCCUUAGUUUGACACAAAAAAAUGUUCUGAGGGCCAAAUGAAAAAUGAUUGGUUCAGAGAAAUAACUAAUCAGAUUGUAGAGGUGGUAGGUCCACGCAGUUAAAGGAGACAGGACCAUCCAAUCACAUUUCUUGGUCCCGCCUCCUCUAAUUGCUUGGUCCCACCUCCUCCGCAAUCUGAUUUAAAGAGAGAACCAAUGAGUUAUUUUUUUUUGUUCUGCCCUUACCAAUUUUGUCUGCAAGUAAAACUCUUAACAAACCCAUGAGUGUGAUGGGAGUGUUAUAGCCAAAAAUAGUAAUGCAAAAAAACAUAUCUAUUUUUUAAUAACCAUAGAGGGGCCCUCUUUCUUAAAAUAAGUAACCCACAAAGAGAGCUUUGUUUACAUGUUCAAGGUCACCGAACCAGAAUCUGCGCAUUUUCCUGAAACGUGCACCGUAAAAUGUUUUUGUUUGUUUUCAAAUUUAGCACUGCAAAUAUUUACAACAGAGCUGUCUAAAUUAAAAUAAUUCCACUUUGUUUGCUGGCUAAACAACCCUAGUGUUGCUUUUUCCAGCUACAAGCAGGUCAAUUGCACAGACACUGAAGUUUUAUUUCACCAGUUUCUGUUUCGAAGUGGAAAAUAUACUCGUAGCUAAUUUUUCCACCAAGGCAUGUCCCCCCCCCCCCCCUCAUGAUAAUUAAGAAAUAAAUCUAUAUAAUCAUCUUGAGAAUGCUCGAUAAAAUAUAUUAAUAUAUCUGCUAUGUAAAAGGGAUUUUACUGUAACUGACUUUGAACACUGGAUUGGUGGAUUGGCAUUGUAAAGGUACCCACAGGAGCCAAGUUUGAUACUGUUAAAUAUGACUUAGGGUAUUUAAAUACAAAUAAAGUUUAUUUGAAGGACGUUUGGGAUUAUACUCACAAUUGAUUUGUGCAUUUUUAAGUUAAUUGAUAUUUUAUUGUAUUAUUGCACUGCCGAAUAACAGAAGUGCAAUAUGCUGUUUUCUCAGUAAUAAAUUAAAAUUCUACCAGUUA